AUGGCAGUAGACGCUGUACCGACUGAGCGUGUGUCUCGAAGUCGCCCCGACAACACGACCUCAGUUAAAAAAGUGGAAACACAGAGGGAUGAGACCUGGACAAUGGUACAACUUCUCAUCCUGUCGACAAAUCGGUCGGUCAUUUGUGCCCUCUCGAUUCGGCGCGAGGGCACCAUAGCUCUACUACCUCUUUGUCGUGGCCCUCAGCACACCCGGAACGGGCUUGAAGUGGUUGAAACAAGGGCUUGA